AUGAACACUACACUUCCAACGAUCACGAUCAACUUGGUCCUCGAGCGCAACACUACCAAGGAGGUCCUGCGUGCAGUCCUACAUUCUAUUCUUUUUCACAGGUUGUUUGGUACUGUCAAAGAGCAAAGUCAUGAAGUACUCGAUGUGACGAUGCCCGGCGUGGAUGAUCCUGAAAUGAAGCAGCUUGUCGACGAUAAAGUGGACAUCUUCUGGAAGGGUAUGGAGAGUGGUGCACACAAGCGCGGUCAGAUACUGGUUACCUUCUCUGAGAAGCGUCCUCGAAAGACAUGGGGGUUUGGGUUUAUCACGGCUGAGGAAGAGGUACCUUGGGAACAAUGGAUCAUAAAUGCAGAGAUCCGACACCCUAUCUCAGAUAGAGAACGCCAGAAGUUCAAUGCUGACCUCGCCUCUAUUCUCACGAAGAGCUUAGAGACGAUGUUGAGCUACGCAUCCUCAGAGCGAGGUCGGUCUGCGGUGCCGCUCAUUACAAAUGCGGUAGGCAUUUCGCCCUUUCCGAUCAAGAUGUCUGUCAAAGUCGGGGGCGUGGAAUUGGGUUGA